CGAAGACGGAAGCCUGCGGAAAAAAGUGAAGAGGAGCGGAGUUGACGAGAUGGGGGGCUCCAAAGUGAAGGUGGCGGUGCGGAUCCGACCCAUGAAUAAGAGAGAAAUAGAUCUGCAUACAAAAUGUGUGGUAGAUGUGGAGACAAACAAAGUUAUUCUUCAUCCUGUGAACACUAACCUUUCAAAAGGAGAUGCUAGGAGCCAACCAAAGGUGUUUGCCUAUGAUCACUGCUUCUGGUCUAUGGAUGAAACUAACAAAGAAAAAUAUGCAGGUCAAGAUGUUGUUUUCAAGUGCCUUGGUGAGAACAUUCUCCAGAAUGCCUUUGAAGGUUACAAUGCAUGUAUUUUUGCCUAUGGACAGACCGGAUCUGGAAAAUCCUACACAAUGAUGGGCACUGCUGAUGAACCUGGAUUAAUACCUCGGCUCUGUAGCAGUCUCUUCGAAAGAGCCCAGCAAGAGGAGAGCGAAGAGCAGAGUUUUAAGGUGGAAGUAUCCUACAUGGAGAUUUAUAAUGAGAAAGUCAGAGAUCUCCUGGACCCAAAGGGGAGCCGUCAAUCUUUAAAAGUCAGAGAGCACAGUGUUUACGGACCUUAUGUAGAUGGUCUUUCAAAACUAGCUGUUGCCAGUUACAAGGAUAUAGAGUCCUUGAUGUCUGAAGGCAAUAAAUCUCGUACGGUUGCUGCAACAAACAUGAAUGAAGAGAGCAGUCGAUCCCAUGCUGUUUUCAAAAUUAUCCUCACACACAUAUUGUAUGAUGUAAAGUCAGGGACCUCCGGUGAGAAAGUAGGCAAGUUGAGCCUGGUUGACCUAGCAGGCAGUGAAAGAGCAACCAAGACGGGAGCUGCAGGCGAUAGGUUGAAGGAAGGAAGCAACAUCAACAAGUCUCUCACAACUCUUGGGUUGGUCAUUUCAGCCCUGGCAGAUCAAGCUGCUGGAAAAAAUAAGAACAAGUUCGUUCCUUAUCGUGACUCCGUGCUUACCUGGCUACUCAAAGACAGCCUUGGUGGCAACAGUAAGACUGCAAUGGUUGCUACCAUCAGUCCAGCAGCAGAUAAUUACGAUGAGAUACUUUCUACCUUGAGGUAUGCAGACCGAGCCAAGAACAUUGUGAACCAUGCCGUGGUCAAUGAAGAUCCCAAUGCCCGAAUCAUCCGAGAACUGAGGGAGGAAGUAGAAAAACUCAGGGAACAGCUUACCAAAGCAGAGGCUAUGAAAUCUCCAGAAUUAAAAGAUCGUUUGGAAGAGUCUGAAAAACUGAUCCAGGAGAUGACAGUAACCUGGGAAGAGAAGCUCAGGAAGACAGAGGAAAUUGCACAGGAAAGGCAGAAACAACUUGAAAGCCUUGGCAUCUCUCUUCAAUCAUCUGGGAUCAAAGUUGGUGAUAACAAGUGCUUUCUGGUGAAUUUGAAUGCUGACCCUGCACUCAAUGAACUUUUGGUCUACUAUUUAAAGGAACACACACUCAUUGGAUCUGAUAAUUCCCAAGACAUACAGCUCUGUGGAUUGGGGAUUCUUUCUGAACACUGUAUAAUAGAUAUCACUGGGGACGGACAAGUCAUGUUGACCCCUCAGAAGAAUACUAGGACAUUUGUGAAUGGUACAGCUGUUGUAGGUCCCACACAGCUACACCACGGUGACCGAAUUUUGUGGGGAAACAAUCACUUUUUCCGGCUGAAUUUGCCCAAAAAGAAAAAGAAAGUAGAAACAGAGGAUGAAGACAAAGAUAGUUCAAUGAAAGGAAGCAACAGCUCUGAACAGCUGGAUUUAGAUGGAGACAGCUCCAGCGAGGUAUCCAGUGAGAUCAGCUUCAACUAUGAAUAUGCCCAGAUGGAAGUGACCAUGAAAGCUCUUGGAGGAAAUGAUCCAAUGCAGUCCAUUUUACAAAGUCUAGAGCAACAGCAUGAAGAGGAGAAGCGGUCAGCACUGGAGCGUCAGCGACUUAUGUACGAGCACGAACUAGAACAGCUCCGGAGACGCCUGUCUCCAGAAAAGCAGCAUUUCCGCACCAUGGACAGGUUUUCCUCCCAUUCUCCCAAUGCACAGCAACGUUUACGCCAGUGGGCGGAAGAGAGAGAAGAGAUGCUCAACCACAGCCUGAGGAAAUUGAGGGAGCAGAUUAUGAAGGCCAACUUGUAUGUUAGAGAAGCCAGCUUCAUUGCAGAAGAAAUGGACAAAAGGACUGAAUACAAGGUCACCCUCCAAAUCCCAGCCUCAAGCCUUAAUGCAAACAAAAAGCGGGGUGCAGUGCUUAGUGAGCCAGCCAUUCAGGUGAGACGAAAAGGGAAAGGCAAACAAAUCUGGUCCCUGGAGAAACUGGAGAACCGGUUGGUAGAUAUGCGAGACCUCUAUCAAGAAUGGAAAGACUGCGAGGAAGACAACCUGGUUAUGAGGUCUUAUUUUCGGAGAGCAGAUCCUUUUUAUGAUGAGCAAAAGAACCACAGCCUCAUUGGAGUCGCCAAUGUCUUCCUUGAGAGUCUCUUUUAUGAUGUGAAGCUACAGUAUGCUGUGCCCAUCAUCAAUCAGAAAGGAGAGGUAGCAGGUCGCCUGCAUGUUGAAGUGGUACGUGUGAGUGGAGAUGUCGGGGAGAGAAUUGCAGGAGGCGAUGACAGCUUGGAGGGCUGCUUUGAAAAUGAUUUGCAGGAACACAAGUUAGUGUGCAUGAUUAAAAUCCUUCAAGCGACUGGUUUGCCUCAGCAUCUCUCCAAUUUUGUGUUCUGCAAGUAUUCUUUCUGGGACCAGCUGGAACCUGUGAUGGUUGCCCCUGAAAUGGAUCCUUCUUUGUCUCCCAUCAGCAAGGAGCCACGGUGUAUGGUUGUCUUCGAUCAUUGCAAUGAAUUCUCUGUCAAUAUCACUGAAGAUUUUAUGGAAUAUCUUUCUGAUGGUGCUCUAGCAAUUGAAGUGUACGGACAUAAGCAGUGUGAUUCUCGCAAAAACCCAACACUGUGGGAUUUAGGAAUAAUUCAAGCCAAAACACGAAGCCUCCGAGACAGGUGGAGUGAGGUCACCCGCAAAGUAGAGCUCUGGGUUCAGAUUCUGGAACUCAAUGAGAAUGGAGAAUACUGUCCAGUAGAAGUAACUACACCAAAGGAUGUACAUACAGGUGGCAUUUUCCAGCUCAAGCAGGGACAGUCACACCGAAUCCAAGUGGAAGUGAAAUCUGUGCAAGAAUCAGGAACAUUGCCCCUCGUGGAAGAAUCCAUCUUAUCUGUAGCAGUGGGCUGUGUGCAGAUCAGAUAUAUCAAGUCACCAAAAAGUCAUGAGAAUUAUCAGGAAGAAGUUGAUGACAUGGACAGUUAUCAGGAUAGAGAUCUAGAAAGGCUGCGCAGGAAAUGGUUAAAUGCUCUUACAAAACGCCAAGAGUAUCUAGAUCAACAACUGCAGAAACUUGUGGGAAAGCCUGACAAAUCAGAAGAUGAUGUUGAUCGAGAAGCUCAGCUGUUAGAGAUGAGGUUGACCCUUACAGAAGAGAGGAAUGCUGUAAUGGUGCCAUCUGCUGGCAGUGGGAUCCCUGGAGCACCUGCUGAGUGGAUACCUGUGCCUGGUAUGGAGACACACAUUCCAGUCAUUUUCCUUGAUUUAAAUGCAGAUGACUUCAGCUCUCAGGAUAAUCUUGAUGAGCCAGAAGCUGGUGGCUGGGAUGCUACCCUUAUUGCUGAAGAUGAAGAUGAAUUCUUUGAAUUACAGAUUGUAAAGCACCAUGAGAGUGAGGUGAAAGCUGAAGCUUCCUGGGAUUCCACAGUUCACAACUGUGCACAGCUUAGCAGAGGGACAAUGGCUGAACAGAGAGUCUUCCUGAUUGUGAGAGUUGCAGUGCAGCUCAGCCAUCCAGCAGAAAUGCAGCUUGUCCUUCGUAAGCGGAUCUGCGUCAAUGUUUAUGGCAAACAGGGUUUUGCUCAGAGUUUGCUGAGAAGAAUGUCUUACCGGAGUUCUGUACCUGGCUGUGGAAUCACCUUUGAAAUUGUUUCAAAUAUCCCAGAGGAUGCUCAGGGGGCAGAGGAACGUGAGGCAUUAGCAAAAAUGGCAGCCAAUGUUGAAGAUGCAGCAUCUGCUGCUUCAGAAGUCCAUAUAGAAAAAUACCUUCGAAGUGUGUUGGCUGUAGAAAACAUCCUUACCCUUGAUCGGUUGCGCCAGGAGGUUGCUGUGAAGGAACAGCUAACAGGCAAGGGAAAACUUUAUCGGAAGAGUCUCAGUUCACCAAAUGUCAAUCGACUAUCGGGUAGCCGCCAAGAUCUAAAUCCAACAUACAGCCUUGCUUCUUACAAAUUUCCCAAGGUCGUGGCAGAGAGUCGAUGGGAAAGCCAGCAAGAUAUUUCUCAGAUUUCAACAGAGUCCAGAUCCAGUGCAAGUCUCCAUGGUUCAACUCAGCAAAAUGGUUCUACAGACCAAGGACUCGGUAGCCUGGCUGCCUCUUACUUGAAUCCUGUAAAGUCCCUCGUGCCUCAGAUGCCAAAGCUGCUCAAAUCUCUGUUUCCUGUUAGAGAUGAAAAAAAGGGCAGGCAGACCUCUCUCCUUGCACAGCAGCCAGUCCCACGAAUUACGAUUCAGCCUGCCAGGAUUGAUGCCAGUCCUGCAAAAAGCCAACAGGUUACCCAAGGACAAGGAAGCAAAGGACCUUUUGAGGUGAGUUUGCAGUUGACCGAGUUGGGGAAGAACCUUGAAAAAUCAACCAAAGUGCCUUUACAGCAGCCCACAGUGGACAUCCAAGCACAAGAUUCUCAAGAGGGUCCACCAAGUCCCUUGAGUGAAGCCUCCAGUGGAUACUUCUCUCACAGUGUUUCUACAGCAACCCUUUCUGAAGCACUUGCAUCAGGAAAUGACCCCCAUCUUCAACCCAGUAGUCAGAUGUCCACCAUAAAUGAUGCCUCCUCAAGUUCAACAACCCCUAAGGUGGUGUCUUCAACAGAGGGUCCUAUAAAAUCAUGUUCUGAUUUAGCUUCUCAAUGUUGCCAUUCUCUUCCAAAGAGGGAUCCAGUUCUCUCUGGCCUUAAAGAUGAUCAAAUUGACAAGGACAAUGAGAAAGUGAGCCAUAAUGGCAACUUAAAAUCAAGAUCUGUUGAUUCUGCCAUUGCUCUAAAUGAUGAUCAGGUUUCUCCUUCCCUAGUUACAGAGGAUACACAUUGCUGUUCUAGCUCUCCUAAUAAGAAACAAAUACAGUUGACAGAGACAGCAGUCUUAUUACCAUCAGAGAGUCCUCUUUCUGUCCCAAAGGAGGCUCCCAUUUAUAAAACAGGACCUUCAAAGCCUCAGGCUAUGGCAGACCUGUCUUCUCAGUCCAGCACUACAACUUCUCCCUUCAAAAUCCAAAGAGUACGAACAUCAGAACUCAAGUCCUUCUCCAGUAUGUUGAGUGGGGAUCCAGGAGCUUCUUUGUGUUCAGAGGAAGAAAAGAGCCGACAGAAUUCAGAAGAUUCAGACCAGAACAAUAGCAUAGAUGCUGGUUCUGAAGGGAAAUUGGACGCAGCAGCAUCUGAUUCAGAGGAAACCAACGAAAUCCCAGAUUGGCUGAAAGAAGGCGAAUAUGUAACUGUUGGCACGAAUAAAAUGGGCACCGUGAGAUACGUUGGUCCAACAGACUUCCAGGAGGGAACCUGGGUUGGAGUCGAGUUGGAUUUGCCAUCAGGGAAGAACGACGGCUCAAUUGGAGGCCGGCAGUACUUCAAAUGCAAUCCAGGCUAUGGGCUCCUGGUGAAGCCAAGUCGAGUCAAAAGAGCUACAGGCUCUGCAAGGCGCCGGAGUGCUGGAAUGAAACUACAGGCCACAACUGGGACCGCAACUGAGCACCGGCGGAGUGGCACGUUCUCAGGCUCAGCCUCCAAUUUGGCUUCUUUGACUGCUUUAGCCAAGACAGAAGGAGGAUCAGUUCCACAGACCGAGAAAAGUAAAAAGAACACAGAAAACAGGAAAUCAUGGGCUACUUGAGAGCGUUUCCCAAUGGGCAUGUCUACCUGGCUCGCAACACUACUGUGUGAAGCUGACCCUUCCUUUCUUCCUUCUUUCCUUCCUUCCUUCCUUCCUUCCUUCCUUCCUUCCUUCCUUCCUUCCUUCCUUCCUGAAUGGCCUUUCUUUGCACUACUAAGCCAGUUGGAGGAGAUGGUUGAUUUGUGUCAGAGUAUAUGCAUACUCUCAAUUUCUCUUACUGAAAUUUGUUGACCUUUGUCAUGAUGGAGUAACAAUGAGACUCUUGAUGCAAAUGGUGACCUUUCCCAGUGUGUUCUUCCAAAUCUCUCCUUUCAUUCCCCGGCCGUUCAAAGGAAGUCUUCUAUAAGAGAUGUUGGCAGGGCUUAUUUUCUAGAAAGACUGCCAAAUGCUGCUUACUAUCAAAACAUUGUCCUUCCAAGGCUCAUCAUUAAACCACAGUAAACCAUUGAGAAUCAUAGAAUUUGGCAGAUCACAGCCUAUUGGAAAAAGUGCCUGUCUUCUUAUGAUCUUUAAACUGUUCUUGUUGAUAUCAGUGGAAAAUAUUGUCUCUCAUUCUACUCGAAUGGCGAUUGGAGAUUAGCCUACAUGCAUGUUGCUUUUCUUUUCUUUUUUUUAAUUCCCAAUUUUUAAUUCUCAAUGUGUUAGAUUACAGUCUAACACAGGGGUCUCCAACCUUGGCAACUUUAAGACCCAGUCUUAGGGUCUUAAAGUUGCCAAGGAUGGAGACCCCUGGUCUAACAUAUCUGACCUUUUCCAUAAGGCUUUGCUUUUUUCCCCUCUUCUAGUGAUUUAUUAUUAUGGUUGACUGCAGAGUCAGCCAGAUGUUUUGAUUGGAUUUGGCUUUUUUUUUAAUCAACCAAUCAUGUCCUUCCCAAGGACCUUGGGUAGGGAGAUGUUGUUGUUUCAUGUUGUUAAAGGUAUUAUUAGUAUUAUUAUUUUCAGCAAUCCCUUCAGUGCUGUUGUAUUUAUAAAGUAAACCUCGGCAUUGGGCAUUCUUCGCCUUUGUUUUAAGUAACAUAAUGCAAAGAGGGAAUUCAAAGCCCUAGAGGUAGGGUGGGCCUUCCUUAUGAUCUGGAUUUUCACCAGUGAUAACCCUGACUAAACUAUGCUUGUCCAUGUUGCUAGAGCUAUAUUAUUUAUUUGUUAUUUAUUGUUUUCUUUUUAAAGAGAAGCGUAGGGAAUCCCUUGCGACUUACAAUCAACCCACUGCCUACUAUUGCACAGAAACACACACGGUUCACGGUAAUCUGCUUCUUUCCAUAUACUCACGCUGUCUUCCUCCUAUGGAAGAAGAGGGGGUGAAUUCAAAAUGAAUAUACGUUAUAUAUGCCUGCAGGAUUUUGAGGUCACAACUUGAAUGCUGCGCGUCAUUUCCAUGGGUGCAAUUGGAUCUUAUCUGCAGAACUUUCAGCCAGCAAUGGCUUCUCCAUGGCUUGAAAAUCUCUUUUGGAAAAGUCCCAAACAGGGAGAUGAAAUUAGCUUUGUUGCCCAGAUAGAAUGAGGUUUAGCUAUUUUAAAAUGAGGGCAAAUAGCUCAGGGGUGAAUCAGAUGCUUUGCCUGCAGCAGGUUCCAGAUUGAACCCAGCUACAGAGAGUGUUGAGAAAGGUUCUUGCUCAACAAACACUAAGGAGAACAAUUGCCAGGAAGCUGUGUUACAUGGGCCAGGGGUUUGGCCUCGGAUAAUCUGGCUUCCGAUGCUCCUGUGAAAGACUGCAGGAAUGUCCAAAGUAAAAUGGUUGGAAAUUGAGCAGAGGGAUUUUAUGGAGAACAUUAGGCAAUGGCAGACACACCUAAAUGAUGCCAAUGAGAGAAAAAUCUUUCGGUUCCUCGGAUGUAGCUAGCCACCAAAAGAUAUCGGAGACUGAGAAGGAGAACUGCUGGAAUGUCUAAGGCAGGGGUGUCAAACUCAAGGCCCGGGGACUGGAUCUGGCUCACGAGGUGCUUAGAUAUGGCCUGCAGGGUUGCCCUAGAAACAGUGAAGGACUGGCCUGAGCUCCAUUUUUGCUGACAGAGGGUUGCAGGAGGCCAUCCCAGCUGGAAACAGAGCUCGGGAGCCCGUUUUUGCUGGCAGAGCACUUAGGCCAGCACAGCCCCCCACCCCGACACAAGUGAUGUCAAGUUAGUCACACCCACCCUGGCCACACCCACUCUGCCCCCCUCUCCCGCCAAGUUAAAAAACAACCCUAAUGUGGCUCUCAAUUAAAUCAAGUUUGACACCCCUGGUCUAAGGGUUUGCUUAGCAGCCUAUAAAUUCUCAUGACCUAUAUUUUUAUAUCCUCCUUCCAUAUGCUGCUAAUAGACUCUCUUUGUACUGGUGAGCUUAAGGAAAUUGAUCUAACUAUUACAUCUUAAAUGACUUCCUUCUGUACUAAUUUGAUUUUCUAACUGAAGAAAACUGUUAUACAAUUAAAGCUGCAGCUAAGGAGAAUGAGGAAACUGGCAGCAGCGCUUCGCAGUUUCCAGAGAGCCUUCAUUUUCUUGCUUGCUUUGUGUAUAUGGAAUUGGAAUAUUUUAUGCGUGUAGAACAUUUACAUGAUUUCAAGAGGUCUUUCUUUCCAACAAAACAAAAAUCAUUUUUUUUUUAAAAAAAAUCUUCCUGCCAAUCCAGGCAGGAUGAAAUUAUAUUGAAGCCUUGUUAAAAUCAAUGCACUAAUAAUAUUCUUAGAUUUCUGCCCUCCUUCAAGAUAGUUUUAUUAGGUGGGUGACAAACACUAGAAAAAUGGUCCACCACUGUCCUGCUUACAACUACAACUUGGACGACUACUUUCUGUUUAGUUACCUACUAUUGAAUUUUAAUUUUUUAAAUAAUUUAUUUUAUUAGAAGUUUUACAAAGGACAUAAAAAUUAACAUCAACUAAUAAAAAUAAAAAGCAGAAAAGGUAGACAAGAAAAAGAAAGAAAAAAGAUAAAAAUGCAGAAAGAAAGAAGAAAAAGAUGAUUUUUUUUUUUUGAUGUGCAGGCCUUUUCUAAGUUUUUUACAUGCACUUUAUCCUAAAGCAGGGCUGUCAAACUCCUGUCCCGUAGGCCAGAUGUGACACGUGCUGGCCACACCCACACCCAGUUUAGUGAAGGGGGAAAAUGUCCCAAUAUGUCAUGUGAUGCUGCCUUGACAAUGUGAGUUUGACACCUAAAGGAAAACAGAGCUAGCCUCACAAGAAAUGCUGACAGGCUGUGGACAAUUUAGAGUUUCUUUAGGGCUGUGAUUUUCAAAUGUUUUGAGUGCACAUUACAGAUGAUCUUGGUUUUUUUAAAAAAUUAAAAAUCCCAGGAUCCUUAUCAAGAGAGCAUUCCAGUGAUAGAAAACUGGCUGCAUGUGAGUGAACCUUUUUAUUUUUGCCCUUAGACUCUCACAUAAACCUAUCAAGUUUUCACAAAACUCUAGCCUUCCAUGGGAUGCAGUUUUAGAAACCCUGAUUUAGAUACUUGUAAAUUUGGGUUCAUUAUAAUCUCUCUACCUCCUCUCUCUCUCUCUCUCUCUCUCCAUCUCUAGUGCUGAGUCUACUUCUUCUCCCAACAAUGUAAUCUGUAUUUUAUUCAGCAACCAAGGUACACUAUCUACAAUGCAGAAUAGCUUUCAAGGAUUAUUUGAAAAAAUAGUGAAGGAAGAAGAAAUAAGAAAGUGUUGAUUUAAAAGCAUACUGAGGGGGUAAAGAGAUUCCCACUGGUUUUCUGGACUGGAAAAGUGAACUUUACAGGACAGAGCCUUUUCCAAUAGUAAAAUUCUUCUCUCUCCCUCCCCCUUCCCCAAUUAAGCUCUAUUUCUGUUCUUAAAGCAAAUAGAGCAGGGAUGGCUCUGGUGGAAUAAGCUGAAGAGGUUUCCCCAGCUUGAGUAAUCAGGAAGCUGUGUUAACAAAGGCAAUUGCCUUGUUCAAAUGGGUUUUGAAAUAUUGUUGAGGUUCUGCUUAGAAAAGAAUAUUCCUUUUGUUUCCGUCCAUUAACUUCUAAAGCAAAAGCUUUCUGAAGUGCUCUACUCAAACCACCAGUCUUCUCUGCAACUAAGAAGUCUGUCUUAAACAUUAAAAUAUUUCUAAAAUGUUAUCUAAUUGAUUUACUGCUGCAUUCCUUUUGCACAUGAUUUGCAUCCAACAAUUUUAAGCAAAACAAUGUUGUGAUGGUUGUGAUAGGCAUCUGUAAGACUGCCUUGCAAGAAAUGACAUGUAAUUCCAAUAGCUACAGCUGUUUCAUUUUAGCCAGGCCACACCAUGGUGCCUUAGUUCAAAAGCUGGUUGACCAUUACCCCUCCCACAUAUCUCACUGGCAAUUGAUUUAUACUGCAAGCUUGGUUUUUUUCAGUGUGUAUGGUUCAGUAUCCCAUUCUGAAUGUUUUGGUUGCCAUCAUCUUCCUUUGUCAAAGUUCAUACCUUUGUGGAAGAGAUUUGAAGAUUAGAAAGUGGUGAAAAAUGUGCAUGAUGAGCAUGUGCACCAUGCAGCCUUCAUAGAGAGGCUGUGUUAUUUCAGUCUUGUCUGUAAUAUGUCAGAAUUGGAAAUUGACCAUAUCAUGUGAUGAGCAACAUUAGUAGAUCAGCCAUGUAGUUGGAGCAGUUCCUUAUAGUGAAACUAGGAUAAUGAAUGGCUCUGUUUGUAAAUUGCCCUGACAAUGUACAAAACUCUUACGUUGAGAUAGUAUGGCAUUGUCACUUAAAAGUUCUUAGGAUCUAGGUUCAAACUCCCAUUUAUCCCCAAAGUUCACUUGGUGCCAAUGGAAACUUCUACCAGAUCUUUAUCUAACAGGCUGCUUGUUACUUACUUCAAGUAAUUGAAGUAAUUUAAAUGGAAUUUAAAUUAAUCAAUGCAAAAAUUAUAUAAUUCUCUUCUACAUAAGUCUUCCUUUUAUAUCACUCUUCAUAAUCUUGAUUGGUGCUGACUUAUAUGUUGCACCCAUUGCAACAUGCUAGGCAAUGUUUAAUAAUGACAAUUGGCACUCCAUGGAAUAUAGGAGCCUGCAUGAUUCAAAGGCAUCAUCCUGUCUGUAGAUUCUGCUUGAAAAUUGAGACUCUUCAUGGCAGAUGCAACAUCUCUUUACAGUUCUUACACCUUUUCAGUGUCACAAUGCCUUUCUUUUGGGCAGAAAAGUGGGAUAAACUAAUAUUAUUUUGUAUCAGAAUUUUAAAGUCAUUUUUACAGAGAUGAGGCCAAAAGCCACAUGGAAAGCUAUUCGGCAUGACAGUAUUCGCAGGGCCUCUCAUGACUCUCAUCACUGUCCAUCUAACAUAACUUAAUGUUCACAGUUAAGGUAUCCUGAAAGACCUACUGUACGAAUAGAAGAUGAGCUUGUAUUUGGAGAACAAGAUCACCUUCCAAGCAACUCUACCCACUAGGCUAUUCAAAGCAUUUCAUUGCCUGGACACUAACUUCCUGUUUUUGAGAAGCUUGUUUCUUGUCUGUUGAUUUGUCAUUUUGUAAAUGUUGGGAACCUGUAUAUAAAGAACAAAUGUUGAGACUGGUUUUCCAGAAGUAUUGUUGGUUGUACCUUUUUAAAAGAUGCUAAAAUCCAAAGAUUCUUGUAAUGAAGUGUAAAGUUUGUAAUGCUCUCUCUUGUAUUAUAUACUAAACUUGUAAUAUUGUACCAUAUCUGUGACAAAUGUUCCCUAAAUAAAAUACUUUCCUUCUGUCAA